UUUAAAAAAAGUAAAAUAUGUAAACCAAUUUAUUUGAAUAAUAAAAUAAUUUGUUCCAUUUUUAAAACUAUUCAUAAUUAAUUAACCAAGUACUUAAUUGCUUUUUGUGUGUAACAUUUUUUAGUUUACCAAAAUGUUUAUUGUAGCAUUUGCAAAAAAACAAAUCAACUUUAUUUGGAAUUGAAUAAGUUAAUAGGUACAUUUUAAUUAUCCAUCCAUUUUCUGAGCCACUUCUCCUCACUAGGGUCGCAGGCAUGCUGGAGCCUAUCCCAGCUAUCAUCGGGCAGGAGGCGGGGUACACCCUGAACUGGUUGCCAGCCAAUCGCAGGGCACAUACAAGCAAACAACCAUCUGCACACACAUUCACACCUACGGGCAAUAUAGAGUUGUCAAUUAACUUACCAUGCAUGUUUUUUGGGGAUGUGGGAGGAAACCGGAGUGCCCGGAGAAAACCCACGCAGGCACAGGGAGAACAUUCAAACUCCACACAGGCGGGGCCGGGGAUUGAACCCCGGACCUCAGAACUGUGAGGCAGACGAUUCUGUUUUUAAUCCAAUUUGGGAUCACCAACCGAGACGGUGACGUGAUCCCGAAUUGAUUGGAUUUGAUUUAACUGAUUAUAAAAUGUCGACAAGUCGCUCGUGGUAGCGUGGCCGAGCGGUCUAAGGCGCUGGAUUAAGGUUCCAGUCUCUCCGGAGGCGUGGGUUCGAAUCCCACCGCUGCCAGGAUUUUUGGACUCCAUAUGCUCCAUAUACUCCAAUGUCAAACGUUACAGGACAGCAGUUUGUCUUAACCAAAAGGAAUAAAGAAAAUCAAAAAAUGAAUCAGCAUUUAAUGACUCGCUGUGCAUUGUGGGCUCGGCCUCGCUCCCCACGCACGUGGAUCCGAGUCAACAUGGUGCUCGAGUUCGAACAUCUUCCACUGCGUCGUCAGCUUGACCAGACUGAUGUCACGCCGAUGAGAUAGCCUCCACACCCGGCUACGUGUGCAGGUUGGAUUCACUCUUCCAUCACCUCCCUUCCCCUCCUUAACCUGCUUUCUAAAAUAUGGCCAGCGGAGAUGACGAUGACCCCAUUAUAGAGGAGAUUGAUGUCUAUCUGGCCAAAAGUCUUGCAGAGAAGCUUUAUCUACUCCAGUCUUACCUCAUGUGGAGUUGAACAGUACCCCGUGCGACCAUCCACCAUGACCUACGACGAUGUCAACCUUUUGGCAGCUAAGAUCAAACCCAAGCAGCAACGGGUGGAGCUGCAGAUGGCCAUGGACACCAAGAGCCCCAACUACUGUCGCAGCAAGGGCGAGCAGAUAGCGCUGAAUGUGGACGGCACCGGCUACGAGGAGAGCAACACCUAUUCAGUGAAAAUGAUGGACAAUCAGACCUUCUCGUCCAUCCAGGCUACCACCAACACUUCCCGAUACGCCGCUGCCAUCUUCAGAAAAGGUGAACUUCAUGUGACGCCGCUGACCGGAAUCCUUCAGAUGAGGCCCAGCUUUGCGUACCUGGACAAGGCCGACAACAAAACCAGGGAGCGAGAGGCGGCCAACGAAGGUGGAGACUCGUCCCAGGACGAAGGCGAGGAGGAAGCCAAGGCCAUUUCGGUGAGGUUUGCUCGGCCCGAGUCGGAGCAGGCGCGCCAGAGGAGGAUCCAGUCGUACGAGUUCCUCCAGAAGAAGCAGGCGGAGGAGCCCUGGAUCCACCUCCAGUACCACGGCAUCAAGGAUGGGCGUUCUGAACACGAGAGACAAUAUUUGUUCUGUCAGCGUGUGGACACCUCCGACAACUCUGAGCUUGUUAAAACGCCCAAGGAGUACCUCACUAUGCUGAUGCCGCCGCUGGCAGAAGAAAAAUUCGUAAAGCCCGUCGGCCCGAGCAACGUGCUCUCCAUGGCCCAGCUGCGCACGCUCCCACUUGGAGAACAGAUCAAGACGCUGAUGAAGAACGUCAAGGUGAUCCAGUUCGCCAGCCUGAUGGGCCUGCUGGCCUCAGGCAGCGACUCUGUCACGGUGCUGCGCUGCAUCCAGCAGGUGGCGUUGCUAGUCCAGGGCAACUGGGUGGUGAAGAGUGAUGUUCUGUAUCCCAAAAACACGUGCAGUCCUCACAGCGGUGUUGCGGCUGAUGUGCUGUGUCGGGGGCGGGACUUUGUGAUGUGGCGGUUCACUCUGGAACGUUCCCUGAUGAGAAAGGAAGUGACAGCCAUGAUCAAACUUCCUCCGGAGGAUGUGAAGGACUUCUUGGAGCAGGUGGCGGUGCCGCGAGUCAACCGCGGCUGGGAGUUCCUGCUGCCCGCCGACGUCGACUUUGUCAAGAAACACGCCGACGUGGCCCAGCGGCAGCAAAUGCUGUGGUUGGGCAUCCAGAGCAAGUUGGAAAAAGUCUUCAACUUCUCUAAGGAUGAUUUCCUGCCAAAGAAUUCUCCGCUGCCUGAGCCGGUCCACAUCAGCGGCGAGCAGCGUCUGAAGUUGGCCCAGGAUCGCGCUCAGGAGAAGCAGGCUUCUCUCCAAAUGGAUCUGGAGGCCAAGCGAGCAGGAAGCGGCGGCGUCCGCAUCAAACAGGAGCCCCUCAGUGACGGCGAGGCCGAACCCAUGGACGUCUCCCCUCCACUGCCGUCUUCGUCGGGCAUCCCCAACGGCUCCCUCAACGGCUACCCCGGGGAAGGGCACACAAACGGCGGUAGCCCCUCUAACGUGCCCUCCCCGGAGCUGCUGGACUUUGUGACAAAGACCUUCGGGAACAAUCCCGUGCUGACGCUGAACGAGCUCAAGAGGCUCUUCAGCCUCCACCUGGCCUCCAUUCCGGCAGGACACAUCCCCUUCGGACCCGUGUCGGACCACAUGCUGCAGGACGCCGCGCUGCUCAGCCGCUGCAAACAGAUCAUGGUGCCUUUCCCUGCUCUGACCACGGCAUCUGCCGACGAGCAAAAGGUGUUCGGCUUGUGGGAGACCGGAGAGGACUUCGACAAGCACCGCCGCCUGCUCUACGAGAUGUUCACCAAAACUUACCGUGUGCGGCGGAGCGCGGUGCAAGCCCGGCUCAGCGAGGAGUUUGGCGACGUCUCCAAGGCUGACCUGGACCGGCUGCUCAAGGAAUGCUGUAGCAGCCAUGCCGGCAUGUGGUAUCUGAAAGGAACCAUUCAGUCCUGACCCACGCAGCCCGCCCCCGGGGGCACCCUCAGCCAAUCACAGUGUCCCGAGGGAGCGCGGCCGAGGUGAGAGCCGGUCGCGGCCGGUCACGACGACGACGACGUCUGCCGCUGGGAACGCUGAAAAAGAGGUCUUUGAAGGAGAAACGCUCGAAACACAAAUGCAUCAUUAUUUUUGGAGGGUUUGAUUUCUGAAGGACCUUUUUGAAGCCUAAAUGGCUGCCAUUUUGCGUUCAUCUUUUACCAAAAUAAUGGAUGACAUAAUCCAAAAGACACAAGUUGCCUCAAUCCUGAAAUCAUGUGAUGGCACAUUUCUUUUCCCAUUAACAACAAAAAAAGAAAAUCAAGACGAAAACCAUGAGCUAAUUUCAGACUUCAUUGCGCUCUACUACCAAAUCGUGGUCAGAAUGACAGUAGUGGUCAGAAAGUGUGGACAAACUUUUGACUGCUGCAUUUUGUUUGCUUUUCACUCAAAUGUACAAAAACGGUUGUGGAUGAUCAAUUAAAACAAACAAUGAAAACA